AUGUCAAGGUCGACCCCACUUGAGCCUGGAGGAACCAACCCCAAAGAAUCAACAAUAACAACCCUCUUCUCCAACACCCGCCUAAUCCUCAGCAUCUCCGCCUUACUACGCGCAACACUCCUCCUCUGGGGCGAAUACCAAGACGCAAACUCACCCCUAAAAUACACGGAUAUCGAUUACUUGGUCUUCACCGAUGCUUCUCGCUACGUUUACCACAAUCAAUCUCCCUAUUUACGCGACACUUAUCGAUAUACACCUCUAUUAGCUUGGUUACUCUAUCCCACUGCAUGGGGAGGUCGCUGGUUUUGUUUUGGUAAAGCAGUGUUUGCGGUUGGCGAUAUUGUGACUGGGUAUUUGAUUNUUUUGCUGUUGAGGAGGAGAGAAAUGAAGAAGGGACAGGCCAUGGGGUUUGCGAGUAUUUGGUUGUUGAAUCCUAUGGUUGCUAAUAUCAGCACUAGAGGUAGCAGUGAGGGGUUGCUUGCUGUUACUGUCGUUGGCACUUUGUGGGCGGCGCAGAUGGGGUAUACGAGGUUUGCGGGAUGUCUUCUAGGACUAGGGGUUCACUUCAAGAUCUACCCGUUCAUUUAUGCGGUCAGUCUAUUUUGGUGGAUGGAUAGAAGACAAGCAGGGAGUUGGGAUGGGAGAGGUGGUUUGCUUGGUGGUCUUGUCAAUCGCAAGAGGGUGCAAUUGGCUUCCUUCAGCUUUCUCACGUUUAGUGGGUUGAACAUGCUCAUGUUCAAGCUGUAUGGAAUGGACUUCAUCCGUCACAGCUAUACCUACCACCUCACCCGCAUCGACCACCGCCACAACUUUUCCGUCUACAACACUCUACUGCACAUGAAGUCUGCUGCCAUCUCUCCCUCAGGCCUCGGCGUCGAAUCUCUGGCUUUCUUUCCUCAACUGUUUCUCUCUGUGGUUGCUAUCCCUCUGCUGUUGGCAAAGAAGGACUUGGCGAGUACAAUGUUGGCUCAAACGUUUGCGUUUGUUACAUUUAACAAGGUGUGCACGAGUCAGUACUUUUUGUGGUAUAUGGUUUUCUUGCCAUUCUACCUUCCUCAUUCGUCAUUGUUGAGGAAGCCUAAGCUUGGGUAUACUGCUCUUGCCCUUUGGGUUAUUGGUCAGGCGCUGUGGCUGCACCAAGGCUACGAACUCGAGUUCCUCGGCAAGCCGACCUUCGUGCCAGGGCUCUGGGUAGCCAGUGUCCUUUUCUUUGGCAUAAAUUGCUGGAUCCUUGGUAUCGUGGUCUCAGACAUUGCUUCUCAGCCCUCCAACCCUUCUGCUGUCCUCAAGAAAGCAGAAUAA